UCUCGGUUUUUUCCCUAAUUUUUUUUCUGAUCUUUAAAAUCCAUCAAAACUUACACGGAUCCGUUUGAUUAUCAAGCAAUCAUGGCGACACCUGAGGUUCUGCAUCGUAUUGACGAAUAUUCUCCUUUUCACGAUCAUCCUAAAGCUGAGAAUGGAAACUCACGAGCUUUAUCAAUUGAGAAAAGAAUCGAGUUUCUUGAAAACUUGGCUGGCAAAGUAAGCAACAGGAGAUCUCGUAGAUGGAUUAACGACCGUUUGUUGAUGGAACUUGUUCCUCGCUUAGAUGCUGAUGAAAUUAAAGGCUUGUUUGCUCCACCUCCCUGGGGUGAUGCUACUCCACCAUCAGCAUUUUCCAUGACUAAUGUGGCUGAGUGGGAGAAAUUUAGGAAUAUAGAUAUGGAUAAGCAGGCCCAUAUCAUUAAUGGUCUGAGUAGCUCACCACCGAAAAGGAAGGGUCGUAUUGAUGCUGAUAAGGUGGCUGUCCUUAAUGCGUGGCGCAGAAUUGAUUGCCGAACGAGAGAGGCCCUUCGUCGUAGCUUUCUUACGGAUCUUAUUGAGGGAUAUGAGACAUGUAUCCGCUCCUUCAUUCAGGAGACUGAGGAUGAAGAAGUUCUGACAUUUCGAGUUCAAGAUCCUUUUCAGAGAUUGUUGCUUCAUGGUGUUUGUGAGUUUUACAAUUUGGCAUCAGUAACAGUGUCGGGGACCACUGAUGCAGAAUCAUUGAAGACAACUACGAUAAAGAAGAAGAAACUGGCUGUGAUUGAGCUCCCAACUAUCACCCUCUCACAUUUUCUGAAGAUGUCCAAGGAAGGCAUUUGGUGAUCUUACUACUGGAGGAACUUAAAGUUGUGAAUAAGUAGAACAAUACCAUCACCGAUUCUUGAACUGAAGAAUCAGAAUGUAACAUUUUAUCUGGAUGUAACAUUCAUCUAUUUGUAUCAUCAAUCCCAUGUAGUUUAUUGACUUCUAAGCUUUCUCAGAAGCUGGAGGGCCUUUUAAUGUAGGAUUUAUUUUCAAUCAACUAAAUGUGUUGAUUCUAGAGGUAGCUUGUUUACUUAGUGUUGACAAUGUCUGUUUACUUCUAAAUUGAAGUUCCUUUCAACUUAAUGAGUAUUAAGUUUCACUUCUUUCGCCU